AUGGCGGAGGAACUAUCCGCCAAACGUCACCAUGGCGACACUUCGAACAAGAGCAGCAACCUCGCCGACGUUCACGUCCCCGACGAGAAGCACGAGUACACCAAAACGCUCAAAGGGGUUGAGCUCCACGGCAAGGAGACGUUGGAGAUCGUCUGCACCAGCGAACCUGAAAAGGCCGACCAGAUGAUGAGCAGGCUCAGGAUGAAGGGCGGCGGCUUGUAUCUGAGCUUCAUCGGAGUUGAUGUGGAGUACACCGACGAGGAAAAACCUCCACAGAUGGCGGGAGUCCUGCAGUUGUGCGACGAGGAACUAUGCUUGGUGUACCACAUCGCAGCAGCCACAAAAUGGCCCAAGCGCCUCAAAGACUUCCUGCAGGAGGAGAAAUUGUACACAUUUGUUGGUUUCAACAUUGGAGGUGACAAGCAGAAGCUGGGGAAGUCUGGUUUGGAAAUCAAUCCCAACAACUUCAUCGACAUGCAGCGCAAGUGGAAAGAUCCAAAGACCAACAAAUAUUAUGACUCCUUGGCCGAUGUUGCAGGCGGCGUCAUCUAG